GCCUUUGUACCUUCAGUUCAUCAUUAUUCAUCAUGAGUUCGUUUAAAAGUUUUAUUUUUUUCUUAUUAGUGUUCGUUACAAAUAUAAAUUGUCAAGUGAGCAAGCGGUUUUUCCGGAAGGACUAUACCUAUUUGCUAUCGACAGAUAAUUUCUAUAAAAUCCACACGGUACCUCGGACAUGGGGGGAAGCCAAAGUUCGUUGUGCCAUGGAAGGAGCCAAAUUGUUCUACCCACAGGACGCUAAUGAGGCCGAGGCUGUCAUCCGCCUUUCGACUGAAACACAGCCGUUCAAUUUGAUGUUUGUUGGCUUUACAAAAGCCAUUGCUAAAGAUGUGUUUGAAACAAUUGACGGCCAACCAUUAGACGAUGUAUACAAAAACUGGGCGCCAGGAGAACCUAACGAACAAGAUGAGCAGGAAGUUUGUGUUGUCUCGGAUAGAGAUGGAAGAUUGAACGAUGAACGCUGUGACAGGAAAUACCCUUUCAUAUGUAAGAAAAUGUUCGCUGAUCUCGAGUGGAAUUUCGACUGCGAUAUGCCAAACAAAGAUUACAAAUUUGAACAACAAUUUAGAAAAUGCUACAAGUUCCAUUUGACUCCGAAGAAUUGGACUGAAGCAAGCACAACUUGCAGUGCUGAACAGUCGUACCUUGCCAUAAUUGAAAGUCAAGCGGAAGCAGACUAUCUGGUCAAAAUGACUGCUGACGCGCCGAAGAAUAAGGUUACUGGGGACUUCAUGUCUGGCGCUGUCCAUUUGGGCUUCCAUAAUAAAAACUCAGAAGGGUGGAAAACUGUUAAGGGUGUACCUCUCAGUGAAAGUUGACUAGUUAGCUUUGAACUGUCACACAAUAGUGUUAAAAGGAUUGUAUUUUGGACCAAAAAUAAUGUCAACUAUGACGACGUUCCCGUAGUGUGCCGCCGCUAUAAAGCUAUUAUAUCCACAUCUAUCUGUCAAAUUCGAGUAAUAAACUUAUAAUAUCAUAAAAUUUUAUCACAAUAGCGAAGUGACGUCGCAUUUUUAUAUCAUCGCAAGCGCCGGCGACCAAUGACUGCAAAAGAUUAACACAGUUCACAGUAAAAAUUGAGCGCAACAAACGAAAUGAAAAGACAUUUUGCCUCAUGGUUUUCGCGGCGAUGCGAUGAUUAAACGACAAAGAUCCUGGUACUUCAAAAUCUAUAAGAAUAGGUAGUUCAUUACCAAAUAAGCAAAUGUAGAUUUGUCAUUUUUUGUUUCAUCGUUUUCAAUGGCGAUCAAUAAAUGACAAAGAUAGCUAUAUACGCAAUUUUAUAUCAUUGUCCUUGUUCUUCAAAAGGUGCAACAAUAGUUCAUUACCAAAUAAGCCAACUUAGAUUUAUCAGCUUGAAUUAAAUAUUGUCACGGGGAGGUUUAUCACACAUAUUCUGCCUUGCUACGGUCACAGGUUGUUAACGAAAAAGCUACACGAGUUUGUUACAAACUGUUAAAAUAUAACAUGAUAUCGCGCCCUUGGUGCAAAAUGACAACUUCCCAUUAGAGAAGUUUCAAGAUUCUCUGAACGAAAUUAGCCGAUAACUUCUUAUGCUUAAAUGGAGAGUUAUAAGAUGACAUAUAUAAUUGUAAGAGGUAUUUUUGAUUUUUGAUUAAGUUGAUUGAAUUUCUUUUUUAUUUUUAUACAUUUGUUUGCAUUUCACACGGAUGUUACAGAUUAAACUUACAACUAUUAUUGGUACAUAUGUGCGAUAUCCUGUAAGGGGCGUCGCAAAGUUACACUUAAAAUAAAAUUUUAAUUUAAGUAAUAGCGUGCUUGAUUGAUUGUAGAUACAUUUAUUUCUCUCGUGAGUUUGGGUGUAAUUUGUGGUUGUCUAUGUGUG